UUAAUAUAAGGACUGUACGUCAAGUAUGUUGAACAACUUGCCAGUCGUUACAGUACGGCACAUACAUUAUACAAUUGUGACGUCAUAUUAAUAGUCAUACACUUGAGCAUUGAAUUGCGGUCACGCACAAUGCGCUACAUUCGCUUCUUUAACGACGGUUUAUUUUGAUCAGCUGUUUGUACGUCACUUUUGUCAUUUUUCAAAUUCUGUAUUUAUGGUGGGCACAUCAAAAUAUAAAUUCUAAUGGCCAACGGAGCUCUUUUAGCCCACACGCGUCCCUCCGAAGUAGCCACUAUCCGUAAAAUUAUUUAGUUUGUAUAAUUUUUACGCAUGACAAGUUGCAUAACUGUACAACUUCCAAUGUACUGCAGCUCCAGUCUCCAAAUCCCAACAACAAUCACAGGAAUUUGAAGGAAUCAGCAAAACAAAUAAUAGCAACAAUAUACCCAAUAGCGAAACUGGAUACAGAAGAAGAACGCUCUCGACUGCCAAUCACUUACACAUAUCUUUCUAAUUUCGUUCUGAUACUGAGAAGUCUGUCUACCCCAUUGCUACAGCCGUUCCAGUACGGAAUCUAAUGAAUCUGAUGUAGCAUACGCUGUGUAAUCUAAUCUCAACAUCGGAAUAUUGAUCGUAAAUUAAUUAGUGAAGCCCGCUAUAACUCUUGAGUAUUUUUACCCAGCGUUAUGACUGGAGCAAACAAUGUUACCCACUCCGCUGCAGUAUACUCGGUGCUCUCAACGCCUAACCACGCCGGAGCGGAUCGCAACGAUUUCGGCAGAUGCGCCACAGACGAGCCUAGUGAGCUAAGCGCGUUCUUCAAUUGGCGCUUCAUUAUUAAGAAGAUGGAGCCCAAGAGCGGUGGCUAUUUUAAGAAUCGCAAUGUGAUUGUCGAUCUGCUUGCCAUAUGUUUCGGCAUCGGUACCUGGCUGGGCGUUAACGGCACCUUUAUUCAGCUGCCGCUGCUGGUUAAUGAAGCACCCGAGGGCUGGAGUCUGCCAUCCUAUCUGAGCGUUAUGGUGCAGAUAGGCAAUCUCGGACCGCUCCUGUACACGGUGUAUCAAAAGUUCUCACCAAGGAAACUGAAUGAUGGCUGGACCAUACACGCAGUCCUGAUGAUCGGCACAAUGUCCUGCCUCUUCACCGCUUUUUUCUACAACCGAACGGCGAAGCUGGCAGGCAAUGAUCACAGCGUAGCGCUCUUCAUACUGACCAUCUUUACGGCACUCAACGCGUGCACCAGCUCAGUGCUCUUUAUGCCCUAUAUGGGCCGCUUCAAGGAGCAAUACAUAAUCACCUAUUUCAUUGGCGAGGGCCUCAGCGGUCUGCUGCCCAGUGUUACGGCUCUAGUGCAGGGCAUUGGAGGCAGUGGCAGCUGCGUGCUGGUCAAUGAGACCGAGUCGGGCGAGGAGAUCUAUCAGAAAGUAUCAGAUCCGCCCUUGUUCGACACUAAGGUAUUCUUUUUGAUAUUAUUCGCCUUGAUGGUGCUCAGUUACAUCGGCUACACGUUGCUUAAUCAUCUGCCACUGGCGAGGCGCGAGUAUGCCCAGGUGACCGUGAGCAAAGGCAACAAAUAUGAGUAUGGCCAGGACGAUAACCAGCCGCAGGUACAAAAGCUUAGCUCUUGCCAGUACGGUGGCUUGCUGUUGCUCAUAGGCACCAUUUCUCUGUUCAGCAAUGGAAUAUUCCCUAGCAUAAAGUCAUAUUCGAGUGCACCUUAUGGAACACGCGCCUAUCACCUGUCGGAGACGCUGAGUGCCAUUGCCAACCCGGUGGCCUGCUUUCUGGCCAUGUUCCUGUAUGUUACAUCUCUGCGCAUCAUCUAUGUGCUGUCGGCACUGGCUGCGCUACUCACCAGCUACGUAUUUACCACCGCGAUACUUAGUCCAUAUCCGCCUCUUUACGACGAGACUAUUGGCAUAGUGUUGGUGGUCACCGCAUGGACGUUGUUAAUCGGCGUGGUCAGCUACACCAAGCUGGGCAUCACAACUGUAAUGCGUGGCCAGGGCGGCCAAUCGUUGGUUUGGGUGGGCGCCAUCACUCAACUGGGCUCGGCCAUUGGUGCCCUCUCCAUAUUCUUCGCCAUCAACUACACGCACUUCUUUCAGGCCGCUCAGUCGGGUUGCUGA